AUGGACGAAAUUGAGAAAGCAGUUGUAUCUCAACGCCUUACCACAUCACCAUCUGCUCUGGUGGCUUCGUCAUAUGGCUGGUCUGGCAAUAUGGAACGUAUCAUGAAGUCACAAGCAUACGCAAAGGCACGAGACGCAUCUCAGGAAUUCUACGCCAACCAAAAGAAGACUCUCGAGAUCAACCCGCGUCAUCCGAUUGUGAAAGAGUUGUUGAGACGUGUCGAAGGUGACCCGGAGGAUCCGAAAGCUUUGUCCACUGCAAAACUGCUCUUCGAAACAGCAACGCUUCGUUCUGGAUACGUUCUCAAAGAUCAAGUUGGAUUCACAUCAAGAGUGGAACAGGUUAGUCUUCUCCGUCAAUCGUUGGAUAUACCCUUGGAUGAGGCCAUAGAAACAGAGCCAGAGGUGGACGAAACUACUACCACAAGCGAGAAGGCAGAAGAUGAGGUGAGUGCUGAGGAUAAGGAGUCGACGUCGGAGGAAAAAGAAGAGAAACCAACCAAGGUUGAAGAGGAACACAGUGAGCUUUAA